AGAUGGAGUAACUUUCGACUCUUUCUUUUCUCAAUUGGAUUGGAAGCAAAAAUAGCUCAGAUUAAUUAAUUGUCUAAAUCAAAUUGAUGUUGUGUUAAUAGAAAAUUGAGUUUGAAAAUUUUGUGCCCAAUCAAUUAAAAUUUGGAUUAAUUUACAGCCGAUAAUCAAAUCAUAGCAAACAUGAGUGUUGACCCAACAAUCUCAAAAUUAGAUGAUCUCGAGAUCCUCGAGAAAAUUGGUAAAGGCCAAUUUUCCGUUGUGAUGAAAGGACGAUGUAAGAAAAGCGAUCAACAAGUGGCCCUGAAAAAAGUGUCAAUUUUUGAGAUGAUGGACUCAAAAUCGCGUCUCGAUUGUAUCAAAGAGAUCAAUUUAUUGCAACUUCUCAACCACCCGAACAUAAUCAAAUAUUUAGCUUCAUUCGUCGAGAACAAUGAGCUUUACAUCGUCCUGGAAUUAGCGGAUGCCGGUGAUCUUUCCCGAUUGAUUAAGUACUUCAAACAACAAGGUAAAUAUAUUCCAGAGAAAACGAUUUGGAAUUAUUUUGUUCAAAUUUGCGGAGCACUGGACCAUAUGCACUCGAAGCGGGUGAUGCACCGAGACAUUAAGCCCGCUAACGUUUUCAUCACUUCCCAAGGAGUAAUCAAACUGGGCGAUUUAGGAUUAAGCCGAUUCUUUUCAACUCGAACCAAUGAUGUCCACUCACUCGUUGGAACACCAUAUUAUAUGUCACCCGAAAGAAUCCACGAGUCGGGUUACAAUUUUAAAUCGGACAUUUGGUCACUCGGUUGUUUACUUUACGAAAUGGCUGCGCUUCAAUCUCCCUUUUAUGGUGAGAAACGUAAUCUUGUCUCUCUCUGUAAAAAGAUUGAGAAUUGUGAUUAUCCACCAUUACCCAGUAAUCUUUACUCAAAAGAUUUAAGAAGUUUAAUCGCUGCUUGUCUUAAUCCCGAUCCCGCUAAAAGGCCAGAUAUCGAUGAGAUUUACAAGAUCGCCCGAAACAAGACAACACUAUCAAGUAAACCAUUCAAACGACUUUGUAAUCUUUUCUCAAAGUGAUUCCAAUUGUUACAAUCAACUUUUUUUUUGCUCGUUUCUUUAGGAUCAUCUUUAAUUCAUCUCAUAUUUUUAAUCGUUUACAAUCAAAAUUCAUUAUAAAUAUUGUCUAUUAUUAUUAUUACAACUAGUCAAA